AAAAGCCUUAAAUCCUUCAAAAAAAAAAAAAAAAAGUGAUCAUGGCGGCCACGGCACAUAUCCUCGAAGGUUUUCAAGGAACGCCCUUUGCCACCACUGCGGCUAUUGGUGGUCUUUCUUUGUUGUUGUUUUUAUCACUCAGAAAAUGCAUCUUUGCAAAAAGGAGUGGAUUCUCCAAACUCCCUCCUGUCCCAGUCGUUCCGGGGCUGCCGGUGAUAGGGAAUUUGCUACAACUGAAGGAGAAGAAACCUUACAAGACGUUCACCAAGUGGGCCAAGACUUAUGGGCCCAUAUACUCCAUCAGAACUGGUGCUUCUACUCUUGUUGUUCUAAAUACUGCCGAAGUUGCCAAGGAGGCGAUGGUGACAAGGUUUUCAUCAAUAUCAACAAGAAAGCUGUCAAACGCACUAACAAUGCUUACUUUUGAUAAAUGUAUGGUUGCGACAAGUGACUACAAUGAUUUUCAUAAGAUGGUCAAACGUUACAUUCUCACAAAUGUUCUUGGACCCAAUGCUCAGAAAAAACACCGUUGUCACAGAGACGCUAUGGCAGAAAAUAUUUCAAAGCGAUUUCAUGCUUAUGUUAAGGACUUUCCUGGUGAAGCCGUGAAUUUCAGGACAAUUUUCCAGUCUGAACUCUUUGGACUAGCGUUGAAACAAGCCAUAGGAAAGGACAUAGAAUCAAUAUAUGUGGAGGAGCUUGGAGGGAAGUUGUCAAGAGAAGAGAUGCUUAAGGUUCUAGUGACUGAUUUAAUGGAGGGUGCUAUUGAGGUCGACUGGAGAGACUUCUUCCCAUAUCUGAAAUGGGUUCCCAACAACACCAUCGAAAACAAGAUUCGGAGAAUGAUUUUCCGAAAGCAAGCAGUCAUGAAUGCCAUUAUCAAGGAGCAAAAAAAGCGAAUUGCUUCAGGAGAGGAGUUAAAUUGCUAUGUGGAUUAUUUGUUGUCCGAAGCAAAAACUCUUACUGAGGAGCAAAUAAGUAUGUUGCUUUGGGAGACAAUCAUAGAAUCGUCAGAUACUACUUUGGUCACGACAGAAUGGGCAAUGUAUGAACUUGCUAAAGAUCCAAAACGGCAGGACUGUCUCUAUCAAGAAAUCAAAAAGGUUUUUGGAUCCGACAAGGUGACCGAGGAUCGCUUGUCUGAGAUCCCAUACUUGCUAGCUGUUUUUCAUGAAACUAUAAGGAAGCACAGCCCAGCUCCAGUUGUUCCUUUGCGCUAUGCACACGAAGACACCCAAUUAGGAGGAUGCUACAUUCCUUCUGGAACAGAGAUUGCAAUAAACAUAUAUGGAUGUAACAUGGACGAGAAUCAAUGGGAAAGUCCUGAAGAGUGGAUACCGGAGAGGUUUCUUGAUGAGAAAUAUGAUCCAAUGGAUUUGCACAAGACUAUGGCAUUUGGAGCGGGGAAGAGGGUGUGUGCAGGCUCGCUUCAAGCGAUGCUAAUCUCGUGCGCAAUGAUCGGGAGGUUGGUGCAGGAGUUUGAGUGGCAGCUGAAAGGUGGAGAGGAGGAGAAUGUUGACACCGUUGGACUCACCACUCACAAACUCCACCCAUUGCAUCCAAUCUUGAAGCCAAGAGAAGUACUAGCAUAAUAGGACUAGUUGGCUCUUGUGAAAGAUGCUGGGAGGAGUUGGAAACACAUUUAGAUGACGCGCUGAAGAAAUAGUCUCUCCUUUUUGUUUGUUUUUUUUUUUUUUUUGGUUGUUGUUGUUGCGGAAGAAGGAAUGUGACUGUGUACAAA